AUGAAUCAAUCAAACGGUUCAUCAGUACAAACUGAAAUCUCCCCACAUGAAAAUAUAAGAUCGUAUACAAAAAGACAUACCGACAUCAUGUUAGGCUGUUUCGUUGUAGGUGAAGAUAAGGCUUUUAUCAUCGAAGCCGAUAGGAUCAAAACCAUUUCACAACUCAGGGAUACCAUCAAAGCCUACAAGGAGAACGUGUUUAAAACUUUUGAUGCAAACCAAAUUACAUUAUGGAAAGUCGAUAUUCCUGGAAAAGAAGACACGAAGACUCGGACUCAGAUGAAGAAAGCGGAACCCGAAAAAAGGAGAAACAAACACGUACCGAAAGCCUUGGCUUCUUUCCUUACUUCACCAACACCACAAUCUCAUGCUACAAAUAUUCAUUACCACAAGUUUUACGAUCGUGAUCAAGCUCAACAUUUGAUGUUAGAAGUUGCUUGUUCUAAUUACGAGGGUCGCGAAAAUUCUGACCACAAAGCUCAUAAAUUUACUCUAAUUCCCGGAGGAAUAGGAAUAGGCAAGACACGAAUGGGCUGGGAAUCAAAUCAUUUGUCCUCUGCUCUAACACUAGGAAGUACCGACACCUAUGACAAUAAAUUUGUGGAAGCUCUGAAAAGUCCCUGUUACAUCUUUGUUGACCUGAAUAAUGGAUGCCAGUAUCUUGAAGGCUUUGAUGACAAGCAAGAUGCAAGUGUGCGAAUAGGGGCGCGUAUUGCAUUGUCAUCAGGUUUUGUACAUCAUAGUCGUCUAUCUGCUCUGAUGAGCGAAGUAACUGAUGACAUUAGGCUUUUCAGCCUUUCUAAUGUGAUUUAUGAGAUCCUUAAAUGUCUCAUUAAAAAAGACCAAAAAGACCAGUGUCCACUUGCCAUCAUUAUCCAUCUCGAUGAGUAUCAAUUAUACAUCGAUGAUAUUGUAAAGUACCAACAACGAUCAUGGAUGAUGGCUCGCGAAUUCUUUAAAUUAAUGUUAAAAGAGAUUGGUAGUGUCAUGCGUGGACAGUAUGAUGAUAAAAUGAAAGAGGAGUAUUAUGGAAAAUAUUUUAUUAUUCCAAUCUGCACAGGAACGUCUGCCAUUGACGUUCAAUUUUUAUCUACGGAGUAUCCUCGAGAAUUGGUGGAGUUCAAGCCGUUGAAUUAUGAAUCAGCAAAAUCAAUGUUUCUUGACAAGUAUGAAUAUUCAAUGCAAACAACCGAUGAAAGAAGAGAUCUAGUGAUACAAGGCCUCAAAUUACAUCACUCUUCUGAUCUUAAUAAUGAAGAUAUCGAAAAGCUUUCAGCUGAUUUUUGUAAAUUUGUCCUGAAUCAACAGCAUUUUCAAAUUGCCAUGUCUGACACCGGCUUCAUUCCAAAACUUAUCGACGAUCUCUUAAGCCCUCCUAUCCUUACGUCAUAUUUUGACUGGGGAAAUCAACUUUUUGCUAAAAUAUUUCAGCGGAAGACUGCUAAAAUUGGAAAUAAUCCAGGUGAUUGGAAGGAUCUUGAUGAUAUACGCACUGUGAUCUCAUUUGGGCUUACCAGACAACUUAUCAAGCGAGAAUUUCGACUAAAGAGUGGCAUAUCCAUUGGUGAACUUGAGCGAUCUGGUUUGAUCUAUCUUUCUAACACUAAUGAUGAAUGGUAUACUAUUGUUAUGCCCUUUAUGCUAUUGAAAGUUCUCAACAACAAGCUCUUGGUAUCUAAUGUAGAACCUGUGUUUCAAGAUAAUCUUCUCUUAAUCCCAACAUAUGAUUCCCCUUGGCAGUGGCAAAAUUUUGAACUUUUAUACGGACAUUUCCAAAAAGCCCUUAUUGAUAGUUUAAUCUACGUUCAAGAGUCAAGGAUCAAUUCUGUUAAUUAUGAAAUUCACAAACUUCGUUUACAGUUGGAAGAACAAAAGGAUUAUGAUGAAAAAAUUAAGAUUUCGCGCAAAAUCGAUUCGCUAAAAGAAGAACUUGACCAUCAAGAAAGGAAUAAUUGGAAACUAUCUGAUAUAUUUCGAGGUGCUUUAGGUGCUGACACACUUCUCCAACGCAAAGUACGGUUGCAUAGUCUCAAAGUCUUUACUGAGAAUGAUAAGUUUCUUGUAGAGACAGACGAUGUUGCAAGUUUUGAUAAUUCAGUAUUAUGUGAUGACAAUGUAACCCGCUCACUUGAGGAAGGCAUUUUUCGCUGUUGCCAAGGGAAUGCUAAUAUUGAUCACCACUGGAUUCUUGAUUCUGCCGAUAAUGAAAAAAAAUUAGCGAUCUUUUCACAAAUAAAGUACUCAGAACGCGGUGUAACAACCAAAAUGUCAACACCAAAUAUUAAAGAUUGGUACGAUAUAACAAUGAAAUCAGUAGAAAAUUAUAAGAACGACUAUGAUGUGAUUCUUGUUUUGUUCACAAACCGGAAAUGUACAGGAAAAAUUAAUAUCGAAACAAUGCCUCAUCUACUUCUCAUUUAUCCGAAAAAUCUUGAGAAGUAUCUUUCUCCAACAUUUGCUCAUCGCGGUUUAGUGGAUAGGCCAAGCGAAAAAUGA